ACGGAACUUUUUCCAGGCCAUGUCAUUCCCGGCUUUGACUGUUCUAAUCACAAGAUGGUGUCCGCCUCUGGAGCGAAGCAGAGCCAAUGCUUUCAUCAAAUCAGGCAGCAUGUUCGGGGUGUUUUUGGUCAUGCCUACGGCGGGGUUCCUGAUCACGGCCUUUGGUUGGGAAUCCGUGUUCUACGUCACUGGUGCUGUGGCGGUACUUUGGAGCAUCUUGUUGGAAUUCCUGGUGUAUGAUGACCCGCAGACUCAUCCACGAAUCUUGGAAAGAGAGAGAUCUUUCCUUUCUGAAAGCAUCGGAGCGCACAAUUUGGGCGAGAAGAAUCGUAUGAAG